AUGAAGUGCCAUAAAGGGGCGAGAGAAAAUAUAUUCCAUCUCCAUGAUAAAAUACUUGUAACAUUCUUCCUCAUUUGGACAUUGAUUUGUUCUCACCCGACUAAGUACAGCGAACUGUAUGACAUACCACAUAAUUCUGAAACAUCAUUGGCUCCAAGAUAUAAUAGAUCAUUAGCAGAAAAUAUAGGAGACACUCAAGGAGGAACUAACAAAUUAAGAAGUCGAAAUGGAACUCCUCCAACUAAGGGAAACAAACCAAGGGGAACUCCCCCCAGCGGGUUACAAGCUAAUAAAAAAACGGAUCUAACGCAAAACAAGCCACCAGUUGGAAAUACCGCUGAUAAAAAAAAAAUUGACAAAAGAACGAAAAGGCCAACAGGUCAAUCAUUGCAAAAUGUUCAAAAACCGCCCGCAGAAAAAGGGAACACCAUGAAAAAUGGAUUAACCGAGUGUAAAUUGAAGGGAGAUCAUACGGGAGGACCAAAAGCUAAUAAUAAAUCGACCAAAUCAACCGUUCAGUCUAUGAAGGGGUCUGCACCCACUGGCUUAAAAGUUACUAACGAAGGAGUUCAAUCAGUAGGCAGUCCUGCAGUGUUACCCCCCCCUAGCAAAUUAAACACCAAUAAAAAAAAAUGUACAGUGCCCAAUUCUCCGAAAAGGAAAGUCCCUAGUUCGUCAAAAGUCAGUAAAAAAGGAGAAAAGGCAACUAACUCACAAAAAGGAUCCCCAUCUGCCGUAUUAAAGGCCACCAACAAAGACGAACCAGAAAGUCGUUCUUCAGGAAAAGUGAAAACAUUCGAAUCGGGGGAUAAUGUAAAAAAUGAUAAUUUACCCACACAAAAACUCAACGAAUUACUCAUUAAUCAGAAAGACAAUAAAACUCCAAAACACACAUCAGUGCAAGAAGGACGAAACCAAUUAAAUGAGAAUGAAAAAAAACGGAAGCCCAAAAAACAUCCAUUCAAAAAUGCUCCCCCCAGUGGAUUAGUGGCAGGCAAAAGAAUGAGCGAACCAAGUAAUUCUAAAUUGAAAAACAAACCGCACAGUGGACUGCUAGGAAACCAAAAAGACACGGAAUCGCCAUCUUUUCCUUUAAAAAAUAUUCCCAAGGGUGAUUUAAAAAAUAUUCCCAAAGGUGAUUUAAAAAAUAAGCCGAAAGAGUCAACAAACAAUGUGUUAAAAAAUAUACCUGCUGGUGAACAAAAGGGGAAUGAGAAAAAUGACCCAACUAAAUCUAUCAGAUUCCCAGGAAAUGAAGGCGAAUUUGAUCUAAAUAUACAUUCAGGGGAAGUUGAUAAUAAAAAAUAUGUAACUAAAGUUUACACUUUGAAAAGAGGCAAAUAUUUUAAUGAGAAUUUGGACGGAAUUAUACAUGGAGUAAACGAUAAAUUAACUCUUGAACUCCAACAACUUGAAACAUGUGGCAGACGAGUACAACCAUUGCAGAACAAACCUCCCGCAUUAAAAGAAUAUAGCGAAAGUAACAUAUCAAAAGAUUAUCAACUGAAAAACGAACAACCUGAUUUAAAAAAAUAUGGCGAAAGUAACAUAUCAAAAGAUUAUCAACUGAAAAACAAACAACCUGAUUUAAAAGCAUAUAAUGAAAGUCACCUCACAGAGGAAAAUGGAUUAGCACAUAGGGCACCUACAGGAUUAAAAGAAUUUGAAAAGUCGGACGAAACAAGGGAUUAUGGAUUAAAGGGGUAUACAGAUUCGGAAAUAAAAGAACCAAAAAUUGAUGAUCAAUCAAGUAGUCAAGGAAAUGAGGAAAAUAUAAAUGUCCAGUCAGACGAAACUGUAAGUACUGUAGCAAAGCUGGAUAAUGCCAAUAAGCCGGUCAAGAAUGCUGGAAUAAUAGGAAAUAUUCCCACCGAUGUAGAUCGUAUCGAAAGAACUCUAGAAACUGUAUUCUGUGUCCUCAAGGAAGAUGACGAAGGAGAGUUAGGCGAAUAUAUCGAAAUACAUUCAAAAAAAUGUUAUAAAUUAGAUGCAAAUGUAAAAGACGGAGUAAAGGAAUAUGAUGAAAAACUUGAAGAUGCGUCCUACGGAUUUAGAGAAAAGCUCCCAGUUACUAAAGUGCAAGAGUACGAUGUAGUCGAAAGAGUAUUUGAUAAACCAAUAAAAGUUAAAAAAGAAAACAUUAAGCCUAUAGAACAUUACACAUACACUUAUAGUGGAUCAAAACCUGGGUCGCCACAAAAAAAUUAUGGAUUGUUAGAUUUUUUCUCCUUUACUUUUAAUGUUCUUUCGGAUCGUGAUGUAUACUUGGUAAAAAAAGAGAAUAUGUCCUUAUACAAAUUGGGCAAAGAAGCUAUGAAGGGUAAGUUAACCCAAGAAUUGAUGCAUGAGUAUGUUACUCAUUGUGUGAAACCAAAGGUGAAAAAAGAAAAAGUAAAAAACAAGGAGAAAUCAAAAAAUAAAGAACAGAAAGGGAAAAAAAAACAAGCAGAAAUUAAAAAUUAA